AUGAAUGUAGUCACUGGUGCUACUUCACGGGAUGAUAACGGAAAUGUCUACAUGCGCCGCGAGAUUAGGGAUUUGAUGGAAAACUACCCCGAUCAAUGGAGUCUGUACAUUUUGGCAUUGGAUAGUCUGCAUCAUGCUGAUCAGAGCGAUCCGUUUUCCUUCUACGGUCUGGCGUCCAUCCACGGAAGACCAUACAAGACAUGGGGAGACGUGCCUGGGUUACCAGAGAAGAUUGGCAAGGUAGGCUACUGUCCGCACGAUAACGAGUUAUUCUUGGGAUGGCAUCGACCGUAUCUCGCUCUGUUCGAGCAAGUCGUUUCCAACCACGUCCACGACAUCGCUGCAAACGCGCCAGCAUAUCAAUCUCAACGCUACCUCACUGCCGCCCGUGAGUUCCGGAUCCCAUACUGGGACUGGGCUCAAGGCACCAAACUCGGCCCAGUUCCUGACGUGUUUUUAUCCCCUACAAUCACAAUCACAGAUCUAAGGGGUGAACUGCUAGUAAUGGACAACCCAUUAUUCUCAUACAAAUUCCACCCUCUACCCACCGGCUUCCACGGCAAAUGGCGCAAGAUAAACUCAACCAUCCGCUGGCCCGCCUCAGACGACCCCUUCUCGCCCUCGCAGCCCCAACUCUUCGCUUCAGCCUUUAAAAACCAAUCCAACAACCUCAUCGCUCAAGUGGGCAUCGCCUUCCGCUCAAGCACCUUCUCGCGCUUCUCCUCUGCCCUCGAAGACGCCCACGGCUGGAUCCACGGCGUCAUCGGCGGGGGCUAUCUACGCGACUCACCGUACUGGGGCCACAUGUGGCCAUUGGAAUAUUCAGCGUUUGACCCAUUAUUCACAUUGCAUCAUGCAAACGUCGACCGCCUCUUCACGCUCUACACCCUCUCCCACCCCGCCACCGUAAUGCUCCCCUCAAACAUCUCCACAAACUCCAACCUUUUCCUCCCAGACAACGCACUCAUCGACGCAUCCACCCCGCUCCUGCCCUUCCGCCGCACCCCAGACAGCUUCUGGACCACGCACGAGUGCCGCGACACUGCCGUGCUAGGCUACGCGUACCCGGAGACGCAACGCUGGAAGUUUGCUUCGGACGAGUCGUUCGCUGCGCAUGUGGAAGCCGUGGUGGCGAAAUUGUAUGCGGGGAGGGUGCGCGAGAUGGCGGUUGUGCCGGUUGUGGUGCAGCAGAGUAGUUUGUUUGGGGGGUUGUUGGAGAGGAGUGGGGGUGUGUAUACGGAUUGGGUUGUUGAAACGAGGGUGAGAGGGAGGAUGGGGAGGGGCACGUUCCGGGUGCAGUUUGAGCUGGGGGAGAGGGAUGUCGGGAGCUGGAUGGUGCUUAUGCCUGGUGUGCGGCGGGAUGAGGUUGAGAGAGGGGAGGGGAAGGAGAUGGUGGGGACGACGAGUUUGACGGGGGUGCUGGUUGAGUGUGUGAAUAAUGGGACGUUGCGGGGGUUGAAUGAGGAGAUUGUGGUGCCGUUUCUUGAGCGGGCGUUGAGGUGGUGGGUGUUGGACGAUGCUGGUAAGAGAAUCACGAAGCUGAAAGAUGGAGCGGUGAAUGUCACGUUGGUUGGUACGGAGGCAAGGGUGCCGGUGGAUAAAAGCAAGCCGAUUGAGUAUACGGAGAUUGUGCGUAGCUACCCGGGGAUUAUAAGGGAGAAGGUAGAUGUGCGCUGA